GCCAGUUUAAAAUACUCGUGAAUAUUGGCCUUUGAAAAAUAAUGACAUUUGACAAUUUAAAUGGCAAUUAGUCAUCAUUUAUAUGUGUUUUGGUCGAAGUGUUUGGAUAUAAAUAUUUUUGCGAGUUAAAAACUAAAAAGUGCAGAGCAUUGCUGUGGUGAUAACUUUUCUUAAGUUAUAUAAUGAGUGUAGUCUACAUCGAUGGCCGACAUGUCACAAGAAGACGUAAAUUUGUUGAAUUCUUUGGAAAAAUUGGAAUUAGAUAUUAAGUCGAAUAAAAAACCUGUGAACAGUUUCAAACCAAACCCAUUCAUGAGACGGAGACGCUCCAAAUCACUUUCUUCCAUCAAUUUUGGUUCAACAUGCGAUUGUGCAUCAAAACACCAAAGUGUAAAGCAUACUACAUCGUUUAAAAAGCCAAACAAGAAGAUCCUCAGAGAUCCUGUGUUAAAGUUUGUUGAGUGUUCUCAAAAGGGAAAACACUCUAAAGGACAUUCGUCUAAAAAGAAAGACAAACAAUUUGGUGAAAUGUCAAAGCCUACAGAUGAUUUUAAGUCCAUCAUAAACGGUUGUGAACUUUUAAGCAUACGCAAUAAUGAUUCUAAUUUGGACAGGUACUCCGCUCCUAGUUUUUUAAUAGCUCAGUAUCAAAAUAAUACUCAGAGAUCUGAUAGUACAAGUCAGAAUAUUGGUAGCUGUUCACAUCAAGCUAGAAUGAACGUUAAUCCCCCGUGUGAUGUCACAAUCGACGAACUUGCUAGUUAUUUUGAAACAUUUGUACAUAUACCCAAAAAAAUGAGUUCUAUGGCUGAGAUGAUGUAUAUUUAACAACAUUAUAAUAUUUGUGGUUUGAUGUUUAACUGCUUCGAUUCUAUAAUGUUUUAAAUAUGUAGCUGUUGUGAUGAGUAGGUUUAGGUUUUGGUUUUCAAGGUUUUGAUUGGAUUUGAUAGCACUUAAUAUUUUCUGACAAGAGCUCAGUGUAUUUGUUAUUUAAAUAUUAUUAGAACAAGUAUAACGACUACAACAUCAGAUCCCUUUAGAAGAAAAAUUUAGGUAUGUUGGACACUGUGAGUAUAAAAUUCAUAGUGGUAUGAUCUGCAUAACAUUUAUACAGUAAUCGUAAAAUAUGAUGAACCAUAGAGGUGCAUACCUGAAAUAAGAAGAACGUUUAUGGCCUGUAACUCAUGAACUGUUAGUUGAAUAUUUUAGAACAAGAAGUUAACACGUAAUCCUGGAGAUUGAUUAUUCUGAGGAUUAGUUGUUAAUGAUGAUUUAUUGUUUGUCUCGAUUGAAAUUAUAUAUUUUAAAUCUUAACCCUUUAAUCGGCAAUAUUGGUUUUAGGGUCAUUUGGGUGUGGGAAAAACGAAUAUGAGGUCAGUUUGGCGAUAUUGUGUCUGGUUUGGUCGCCAGACUAACAAAUUUUAGACCAUCUUCAGACAGUCUUGUCGUUCAGAAGGAAAAUUUAUGAAAUCAUCAUAAUUUAUUAGUAGUACAAAAAUAAUAUUUUUAUUGAAAAAGGGUACAGUUAAAUAAACAAAAAAGUAUCAGGCUUUGGUGUGAAGCAAUUUUUACUUUUCCUGUUACGCAAAUGAAGGUUGCACUUGGUGCAAAAUGAAUGAGUGUCAGACUUUAUAUACAGUUUGCCAGACUUUUUUAUCCCCAUUCGGGCAAAUGAUUCAAUCCGUCGUAUCAUACACUAUAAACCUCAUGAACAUCUACCGACUGCAGAACUACUAGAUGGCUGUGGAAUGGACGGUGGUCGUCCAACAGGACGUUUUUCAGUAGUAGCACACAGCUCUUUAGACAUGUUCAAUCGAAAUGUUGCAUCGUCAUGUAGAUAUUCCGAUUUUUCUCCACAUUUACACGUCAAUACAGAACGAAUGCAUUAGUAGUCGCCAUGUCCAUUAGAUGGUAAAAAAUUCUGGUGGCUAUGUCCAUUGUUUUGAUACAAAACCUAUUUCGACCCAUAUUAUGAAUCCAUGAGGUCUACACCUCCCAUGUGAGAGUUGUAUUCUCGAAUGAUUUAUAGGCAUCAAACCUCGAUGUAUUUGUUUGCUUUCUUAUCAUAACGAGCCACUUUAGCCGGUUGUGUAACUGAUUGGGUUUUCAAGAAAGGUUUUACUUAAACAUAUGUCGAACAAAGUCAUUAACAUUUUCAGUAUCUUUCCACAAAACUGUGCCCAGAUCGACACCAUAACGCUGAUCCGCAGUAUUCGAUGGGAUAACCUCUUGCUUCUUUUUUUCAAAUUUUCAUCAGUGUCUCAUGGAAAUUUGCGGUUAGGAAUUCGAUUGCUUCUAAUAGUACCAAGACAAAAAUGCCACGAGCUCUUAAGUAAACCAUUAGAGGUAAUGAUGUGUAGAAGUUGUCGAAGAAAUGACAUGAUUCAGGAAGUCUGGCACUGUCUACGAUAACCUGAUAAUAACGUUUCCUGUAACACCAAUAUUUGGGGUGUUGGCAAAAUUAUGAGCACCAGUAUACAUUUCGAACUGAUAUGAAAACCCAUUCGUAUCACAAAUAACUUUACACCCCAUUUGUUGGGUUUAUCUUUUAGGUAUUGUCUAAGAUGGUGGACCAUCUUGGUCGAGCAUGUUUGUUCAUCCACACAUAACCGUGCAUUUUUUGAGAUGCUGUCAAACUGAGCAUUCAAAAUUGUGGCAAUUUUUCGUACUCGAAAGAUAGGAUCGUAUCCUGAUUCACCUUUUCUAAUACGUUGGCUUUCAUCAUUGAACGCAAGAUGCUUUUAAUUGCUUCGAACUUCUUCAAUUUCAUGCAAUAUGGUACGGCUCUGAAUCCAAAUUCAUCGACGGUGAAUUGUGUAUUAAUUUCGAAGUCACGUGCAGCUCGAUUUGUUUCCAACACAAUAAGAUCGACCAAUUCAUCCGUAAAGAAGUAAUUAAAAAACUGCAAUGGCGAAUCUAAUUUAUGUAUUAUGGAAGACCAGUUUUGCCGCGAAAUGCAACCUCGUUCACAUGUAACGGCAUUGAACGUUGACCCCACAGAAUGUUCUUUCAUUCCUGGGAACCCUUUGCAAUAUUUUUUAACACUGAAAGUAAAAAAAAAUCAGUAGUUAUCAUUUUUUUGUUCAUAAUAUGUACAGUCCUUCUCCAGUGAAGCCACCUGCUGAUGUUACCACUCUCAGGCCGGAAACUUUUAAAGUCGGUAACGGUGAUCUCAGUCUCUUCGGUGGUUUGAAUGUAGAUGCAGCUAUUGCUGCUGACGUUGUUGCUAUUGUUGUCAUUUCUACUGAGGUUAUGUCUUCUGAUGUCGAUGCUAAUGAUUCUGCUGCUGUGGUUGGUGGAAAUUCAUCUCUAACCACAAUAGCCGCUUCAGGGGUGAAAGUUUGUGCUAUUGGAAUUAUAGCAUCGGUUGGACUGAGCAAAGUACUAGAUAUUCAGUGAUAAGUUCACAGUCUGUACAAAUGUAGCGAUUAAAUAUAUGUUUUGGAUGCAUUCAUUUAUCAUCUCAUCAUUCACUGUCUACGUCAUCGACAUCUUUAUCCGUAAACGAUUCCAUGGUGUCUAUUACUUCUUUUUCACUUAGAGUAGAGACACCGAAUCCUUUUCCUGCUGCCCAUGCUCUCUUACAUCCUUCUACACAACGUUUACCCUCUAUUUUCUACAUAAAAAUAAUAACCGCACGUUUAGUAGGUAAAAUAAAGACAAAAGAUACGCGUAUUACUAAGAACACAGGAGAAAAAUUUUGCAAUUAAGCAACAAGGCCAUCUGCAGACGGCCUUCACUAAAUGCACGGUAUUUCAAUUCCACUGCUUAUUUCCUCUACACAAUAGCAAAUAAAUAAAUAUACAUAACAACUACUCACCCUAAAAAUGCUCGUGUCUAUUUCUCAACUAGAAAGUACUUUUUAUUAUUUUUUUUUUUGUUGCCUAUAACACAAAUAAUUUUAGCGUUUGAAUCAUACGACUGUCUCAACAUAAAUGACAGCUGCUGUAAAUAAAAUAAAGCUACGACGAUCAAACCGGUACAGUUUGUUUCGUAUGUUCAGUGCCUAUAAACUUCUUUGUCGUUCAGCUCAAUCACACCCGUGAUUGAAAAAUACUUAGGUUAGAGUAAAAACAGUGUGUAGACGAUCUUGUCGAUUAAAGGGUAAAUAGGUUUUGACGAGGAUUAAUACGGACUAUCUUUCUCCAACAAAUUAGUCUUCAUAUGAGUCUGCAGACUAAAAUAAGUCUCCCCAAAUAACAAUUUUAAGGUAAAUGAAGUUAUGGAUAUGUGUUCACCUCAUCGAGUUCAUCUCAUUUGUGGUUUAUUGUAUAAUGAGUAUAUGUAUAUUGUUUUAUUUGACUGUAACAGUUGAUGAUAUAAAUAAAAGAGUCAUAACAAGCAGAAGAUUAAUACUAUAGUAAAGGGAGUAUACUUAUAAAUAAUUAGACAAUUCUAUCAGUUGAAAUUAGAAUCCGAAUUCAUUGUUUAUUACUAUAUAUUGUACAGAUACAUUAGUUUCAUUAUUAAAUCCUUAGUAAAUAUAUAAAAGAGCAAUUAAAUAUUGCAAUUUAACAAUAUGAAAAUUAUUGUUUAAUUUACUUUUUUGUAUAAAAUAAAAAAUUGUAGAAUAU